AUGCUGCUUGAGAAUGGAGCCGAUGUCACCGCCCAGGGCGGCCUUCACGGAAAUGCGCUCUGUGCUACUUGCGAUAAGGGACAUGGCAAGAUUGUACAGAUGCUGCUCGAUAAUGGAGCCGAUGUUAACGCCCAGGAUGGCAUUCACGGAAAUGCGCUCCAGGUUGCUUAUUCUCGAGGAUAUGACAAGAUCGUACAGAUGCUGCUUGAGAAUGGAGCCGAUGUCACCGCCCAGGGCGGCCUUCACGGAAAUGCGCUCUGUGCUACUUGCGAUAAGGGACAUGGCAAGAUCGUACAGAUGCUGCUCGAUAAUGGAGCCGAUGUUAACGCCCAGGAUGGCCUUCACGGAAAUGCGCUCUAUGUUGCUUGUUCUCGAGGAUAUAACAAGAUCGUCCAGAUGCUGCUCGAGAAUGGAGCCGAUGUCACCGCCCAGGGUAGCAUUCACGGAAAUGCGCUCUGUGCUGCUUGUGAUAAGGGACAUGGCAAGAUCGUACAGAUGCUGCUCGAGAAUGGAGCCGAUGUCACCGCCCAGGACGGCCUUCACGGAAAUGCGCUCCAGGCUGCUUGUGAUAAGGGACACGGCAACAUCGUACAGAUGCUGCUCGAGAAGGGAGCCGAUGUCACCGCUCAGGAUGGAUAUUAUGGAAAUGCGCUCCAGGUUGCUUGUUCUGGAGGACACGACAAGAUUGUACAGAUGCUACUAAAGCGACAACCCGAUCAAUCGAUACCUUUGCCCUAUCCUAAGAGGCUCAAACUGCUUUGA